AUGAAAAAGAAUGAAGAUAAUUUGUAUAUGGUAGUGGAAAUUCCUAAGCAUUCCGUUAAUAAAAUUGAAUAUAAUAAAAUUAAAAAAAGAUACGAAUUAGAUAGAGUUUUAUCGGUGCCUAUGCCUUAUCCGGAAGAAUAUGGAAUUAUUGAAGAGACCUUGGCCCCCGAUGGGGAUGAAUUGGAUGUUAUUUGCUUAACUCUUCAACCCACUUUUUUUGGACUGCAUGUUCCCAUUCGAAUUAUUGGGGUUUUAAAAAUGAUUGAUGGGGCAGAAGAAGAUGAUAAAUUAAUCGCGGUGAAUGCGGUUGAACCACGCUUAAAUAAUAUUCAAAACUUAACGGAUAUUACCCCCGAAAAAUUAGAUGAAAUUGCCUAUUUUUUUUUACAUUAUAAAGAUUUAGAGAAAAAAAAAGUUACCUUAGGCGGUUUUCAAAACCAAGAAAAAGCGAAAAAAAUUUUAGCCCAAUGUCAAAAAUUAUACGAAAAACACCAAGGACUAAUUAAGCAAGGAAUUGCUAAAAAAGAAUUACCAAUAUUUCAAAAUAAAAUCUAUUUGGCUGACGAAAAAACGCAUUACGCCGUAGAAAAAAUUACUAAUUUAGAAAUAAGUAGUUAUCCAAAUUCUGCUUCGGCUACGGUGCAAGGAACAUUAUCGCUUUUGCUAAAAAAACCCACCAAAAGCUACAAACAGAUUGCUUUUAUUCUCCACGCUCCUAAACAGUCUCUUGAUUAUUUAACUGCCCGUAAACAAUUUCCGGACACGGCCAUUGGCGAUGUGUUAUCCGGGGAAAAUGAAAAACGGAAGCAACAAGCCCGUGAGGAAGAGGAACAAAGAAAAUCCGCCGAAGAAAGAAAAAAAUACAUUGUGGAAUCUGCCGAUAUUGAAACUACUUGGAGCCAAAUUGGGGCCGCCGCCAAAGCUUCGGGUUCUUUUUUUGCUUACGCUAGUGGCGGACAAUUUGCCGGUAAAGACCGCCAAGCCCGGGAAGAAAGAAUAAAUUUAUUCCUUAAUGGAAUAGUUAAGGAAAGCCAGGCGGCCACUAAUAAAGCCGAGCAAAUUGAUUUAGCCCUUUUUCGUUCGGAAAGAUUUGGCAAAAAAUUAUUAAUUACUUUUCCGGAAAAAAAAGAACUUAAAGAUAUCAUUAGGGUUACUCUCGGCAUGUUUUACGACAAAACUCAACCGUAUGAACCUAGAUUUUUUACCAAAAAUAGAGACUUAUUUGUAAAAGAAUUCACCGAAGCCAUUUUUAAAGAAAUUAGCGAAAAUAAAGAAUACGAAAUAGACCCUAAUGAAUUAAUAGGAGGAUACGAAUAUGACCAGCAAACGGGAAAAAGGAAAAAAGUAAAAGCAUUUGACGAAGAAGAAGUUCCUCCGCGUCCUUUGUUUGUGGGGGCUGAUAUCAAAAAAAUAAUUUUUAAAGAGGCCCCGGCGAUUGCUUUUUCCCGAGGGAAAAAAGCCAUUAAUAUGGAAGACUUUAAAAAGGCCAUAAAACACACUUACGAAUAUAACCGUUGCCAAGGUCUGCAACAAGAAGAAAUGCGUAAAUUCCUUACCGAAAUGUUAAGAAUAAAAGGAAAAGAUAAACAAAAAAGCCUAUAUUACUGA